AUGAAAUACCUAACCACUGCUACCUUCAAGUUCAACCUAAAUGGUCAUUCUUUGGGGCAUGUGGUUCCCUCUAGGGGAAUUAGGCAAGGAAACCCUCUUUCGCCGUAUCUCUUCCUUCUUUGCUCUAAGGGUCUUUCAUCUAUUUUAAAGCACGAUGAGCUCACUAAAGAUGCUUUUGGUCUAAAACUUACUCGCACUGCACCAAAGAUUUCUCAUCUCCUCUUCGCUGAUGAUAGCCUUCUAUUUUGUAGAUCGAAUAUCCAAGCUUGCAAUGCUAUCAAAGAGGCCCUAGCCCAGUAUCAGAAUACAUCAGGGCAACUUAUCAAAAAGUCAUUCCUUCAACCCCCUCAAGAACGGAAUUUGGUCUUAUCUGUCAAAAUGGCAAGUUUUGUUGAGAAAGAAAUGGCUAAUUUUUGGUGGGGUGCUAAGGAUGGAGAACGAAAACUUCAUUGGAAAUAUUGGAGAUCCCUUUGCAAUUCAAAGAGCAUAGGAGGACUAGGGUUCAGAUCGCUGAAACCUUUCAACAAAGCCAUGCUUGCUAAACAAGCAUGGAGAAUCCAAACAAACCAAUCAUCCUUCCUUGCUACACUAUUCAAGGCCAAAUACUUUCCUCGGUCUACUUUUUUGGAAUCCUCCUUAGGCCACUCGCCUUCAUAUGUUUGGCAGAGCUUACAUUGGGGUAAGUCCCUUCUAAAAGUUGGUCUCUGUAAAAGAAUUGGUAAUGGAGAUACCACUAAAAUUCUAGAAGACUAUUGGAUUCUGAAUUGUCGUUUUCUCCCCAUCUCCCUCCCAAGUCAUCUUACCCAUGUCUCUGAUCUACUAGUCUCAAAUGGUGACUGGAACAUCCCCCUUCUCCACAGACACUUCCCGCAGGACAUUAUCAGUGAGAUCCUCUCUCUCCCCCUCCUAAUAAUAGCAGAGUUGACACUUACUUUUGGCAGCACACCCCCUCGGGCCAUUACUCAGUCAAAACCGGUUAUCAUGUUGCAAAAACCUCCACAUACAUAG